AUGACUGAUUACUCUUCAUGGAAGGUGGCCGAGCUAAAGGCUGAGCUGAAGAAGCGCGGUAUUCCUGGCACCGGCCUGCGUCUCAAGCAGCACUUUAUCGACAAGCUCGCCGAGGAAGACGCGAAGGCUUCAACAGAUGACGCAGCACCGGCUUCACCCGAGCCAGGUCCCGGCGAUAAUGCGGAACAGGAGACGACUGAAGAAUUGGCUCCAGCAGCUGAAACCACCGACCAGCAGCAGCCCGAACAACCGCCCCAAGAAGAACAGCCCUUGACGAAAGAACAACCGACCACAGGACCAGCGCAAACCGAGCAGCCGCAGGUGGAAGAGAAGCAAGAUAAACAAACAAAUGGUGACGAGGAACGAGAGGAGGCCACACCUGCAGCUACUGCCUCCGACGAACCCAGCAAGGAGCCCGGAGAAGAAUUGGCGCAACCUCUCGAUACAUUAGUGCACUCGGUAGCACACACAUCCGAAGCUAAUACGGAGUUUUCAACGCCUUUGCCAAUUGAAGAGGCCCUGGAAGAUAAACGGAAACGCAAACGCCGCAGCCAGAGCCCCGUUCCCACACCUGAGGCGAUCGCGACUAAAAAGGCCCGGGCAGAAGAAGAGGGCCCGCAGAUCGUAUCGGACAAGGAGCCGGGCGUUCAGGAAACAAAAUCUACCAAGGAAUCCACCCAAGAGCCUAUCCUAGAGGAGCAGAAAGCAACCGAGGGUGUCCUGCCGACCUCAGCUCCCAAACCUCCAACUCCCGUCAAACAGGACGCUCGCUUCCGAGGCCUAUUUGCUUCUACGGAAACAGCGCCAGUUCAAGAGUCAAAACCACCUCAAGAUGUUGUCAUGGAGGACGCGGACGAGGAUGUCAAGCCCGCCCUUCAUGCCGCCACCACAUCUCUCUAUAUUGACGGACUGAUGCGUCCUUUGCAACCCCCAGCACUUCGAGCUCACCUCGCCAAUCUCGCCACAGCUCCCGGCGCGCCGACCGACUCAGAGGCAAUCCAGGAGUACUAUCUCGAUCCAAUCAAAACACACUGCUUUGUUCGGUUCCGCGAUGUACAAGCCGCAUCGCGAGUGCGUUCCUCCAUACAUGGAAAAAUAUGGCCCAAUGAACGUAACCGGAAGAGCCUCUGGGCCGAUUUCAUUCCCGACGAGAAAAUCCAAGAAUGGAUCCAAACCGAAGAAGCAUCGCGAAACCGAGCCGGCCCUCCGGUCCGCUGGGAAGUGCGUUUCGAUACCACUGACGAUGGCACUGAAGCCACACUGUCCGAGGCCGGGCUAAGUUCGCGUUCCGCCCCGAUUAAACCGCACCAGAGUGGGAUCGAUGGCCCGCCGACGGGUCCGCGCGGUAGCUUCAGCCAGGCUGAGCAUCAGCCUCCCAGCGCCCCACCCGCACCUCCGUCGCGACCCGGUCAAGGCUUUAAGCCCUUGGAUGAAAUAUUCAAGUCUACAACAGCAAAGCCGAAGCUCUACUACCUGCCCGUGGCGCGGGAUAUUGCGGACAAGCGGUUAGACCAGUUCGAUGAGCUGCUUCGUAAGGGCCCAUGUCCCCGACGUGGAGGCGAGGAGAUGCGCCGAAUUACGUUUGAAGAGGAAGAUGCGUUCGUGGACAUUGGUCCGGAAUACGGUCCGGCAGCUGCAGCACGACGUCAGGAACGUGCAGGACGUGGGGGACGAGGAAGGAAUUGGCGGGGACGUUGA